GCAUCGUCAUUUGGGAUUUGCUUUCACAGUACACGAUUCGUCUCUUUUCGCAGCUUGGAACAUCAACCCUCACGACCUCCGAUGUGAGCGCGACCCUGCAUUCGCUUCAUCUUUCACACCACCGAGCUACGUUGGCUUCGUUUCCGGCAUCCAUUGAAGCUGCGCGUAGAUCGCGCGCGUGCUUCAGACGCAUCCAACCACACGGUUGCGACCCGAGCUGACCAGCACGUCGAGCGCGCCGUCAAUACCGCCUUCAUGCGCACAGCCGAGAUUCCAUCCGAAGAAUAAAAGGAGCACUGCGAAAUCGUUUCGGAGUCGAUUGAACGGAUAUUCGGCGUUGGUGGCCGGUGGACAAUCAUGGAGCCUCACCGUAGCUGGGCACCGCAUCAGCAGAGCUCGAAUGGGCACACGAACGAUCAGUCGCAACCUCCGCGACCUGGGCCAGGCUUUGGACCUGGCACACCGCAGCACAAUCCUCAACAAUCACCGCCUCACGCUCCAAGCGGCUUGCCCGCCCCGCCUGGCCCCUUCGCGAGCUAUCACUCUGCUGGACCACACUCCCUAGCGAGCCUCGCUGGACUCAGUCAACAGUCUCCGAGGCAGCCGCCAUCGCAAGCGCAGCGACCAGACGACCGGCCUCAGCCGCCGCAAGGUCCAGGUUUUGCGCUUCCAGGCCUCGGUCAAGUCACAGGUCAGCCUAGCGUUGCAGAACAGCGCGAACGCGAAAGAGCACGGGAAGCAGAACAAAUCCACAUCAAGGAGGAAGAAGAUCGUAGACACCGCGAAAUAGAGCGACAGCGCAUGGAACAGGCGCCGCUGCAUCAAUCGCAGCAAGGCCCGCCUGUGCAUUUGCAUCAGCCGGUGGCUGUGGGACCUCGCACAAUACAUGGUCCCAAUGGAUUACUUGGGAAUCCAAAUAUUGUAGGGCACGCGACCCAACAGCAGCAGCACCAUCAACUGGGUGCGCCUCAAGGACCGCCCAACGUGUUCGGAGGAGGCCCCGUGCAGCAAAAUCAGCCGCCGCCGCCACAACAGAUGCAGCCCGGACUACUAGCACCGUACGGUCCUGGCACACAGGCACCACCACCGUCUCAGCAGCAACAACAGCAGAUGGCGCAAGGACAACAGGGCCAGGGUCAAGGACAAGGCCAGCAGCCAAUCCUGAACGAUGCCCUGAGCUACUUGGACCAAGUGAAGGUGCAGUUUGCGGAUCAUCCCGACGUGUAUAAUCGGUUUCUGGAUAUCAUGAAAGAUUUCAAGAGCGGCGCGAUCGAUACGCCCGGCGUCAUCGGCAGAGUGAGCACGCUUUUUGCUGGCAAUCCGGAGCUUAUCCAGGGCUUCAACACCUUUCUACCACCUGGGUACAGGAUUGAAUGUGGAGCUGGUGAUGACCCGAACUCAAUAAGAGUGACCACUCCGAUGGGCACGACUGUGUCCGCGAUGCCGCGGCCUCCCAGCAGGAACGGAGCUGCGGAGGGCGGUAGACCUGCAGACGGCACUUACACUCCACAGCCCGGCAGCGCGCAGAUGGCGUACUCUCCCAGUGGUAGGCCUGUUGGGCCAGUGGCACCUGGUCAGCAGCACAUGUCGCCAGCCGAAUCUGCAGCUCGCAGACAAGCACACGAAGACCUGAUCACGGCAAACACGCGAGAUCAACGCGGCAUGCAGUCUCUAGGCAACGCUGCAACGGUCACUGCAGCGGGCACGCUGGCUGGCCUUCCUGCAGGUGUCUCGCCGCGAGCAACACCACUACCAAUGCAGGGCGCGGAUGCCAUGGCCGUCGAUGCUGGUGGUAUGGAAAAGCGUGGUCCAGUUGAGUUCAAUCACGCUAUCAGUUAUGUCAACAAGAUCAAGAACCGUUUCAGCUCGCAACCCGACAUAUACAAGCAGUUCUUGGAAAUCCUGCAGACUUAUCAGCGCGAGUCGAAGCCCAUACAAGAUGUCUACAGCCAAGUGACACACUUAUUCAAGGGUGCCAAGGAUCUGCUGGAAGACUUCAAGCAGUUCCUGCCAGAAUCGGCGGCGCAGGCCAAAGCUGCAGAACGCGCACGCGCUGAAGCAGCGCAAGUGUCAGACAUGCGCAGCACUGCUGGCGACGGCAUGUACAACAGCCCUGUCAUAUCGCGCGAGAUGGGCACGCCCGGACACAAUCGCGGCCAGCUUCCUCCCGUUGGCAACUUCGCGCCCACUCCAGCCUCCAAAGACAACAAGCGGAAGCGGCAAGGAACUGGGCCACCAGAUAACAUCCCUGGACCAGGCGGACCGAGUAAGCCUCAGUACAUGGCUGGCCCGCCUGGAAAGCGCGCGAAACCCAAUCACGCAAUGGCAAAGAACGAGCAGCCUCCGUCCUCUCCGACCAUCGUACCACGACUCCCCGCUCCCCUUCCGCCGACGACUACGUCUGCUGCUACAAGCGAUGAAAUGGCAUUUUUCGACAAGGCGAAGAAAGCGAUUGGCAACAAGAAUGUUUACAACGAGUUCCUCAAGCUCUGCAACCUAUUCAGCCAAGAUCUCAUCGAUCGUGGUACUUUGCUGUUCCGUGUCAAGCAAUUCAUUGGCAGCAAUCCGGAUCUUGUGAAGUGGUUUGAAGACUGGCUCGGACACGAUGAGCGCGAUGUGGUCAUUGAGAACAAGCCACGGAUACCACCCGGGCGAGUCAUGCUCAGCAAUUGCAGAGGUCUUGGGCCCAGCUAUCGUCUUCUGCCAAAGCGCGAGCGACAAAAGCCGUGCAGUGGCCGCGACGAGUUGUGUAACUCGGUGCUCAACGAUGAAUGGGCGUCGCAUCCCACGUGGGCAUCGGAGGACAGCGGAUUCAUCGCGCAUCGCAAGAACGUUCACGAAGAGGGCCUCCACAGAAUCGAAGAGGAGCGGCAUGAUUAUGACUUCAACAUCGAAGCCGCGUCACGCACAAUACAACUGCUCGAGCCAAUCGCGACACAACUCAGACGACGCACAGAUGAAGAGCAGAGGGCGUACCAGCUGCCUGACGGGCUUGGUGGCCAGAGCACGACCAUUUACAAGCGUGUCAUCAUGAAGUUGUACGGACGCGAGAAGGGCGCCGAAGUCAUCGAAAAUCUUCGUGAACGGCCGUACCAGGUCAUUCCUAUCCUGCUCAACCGAGUGAAAGAGCGUUUAGAGACUUGGAAGAUGGGCCAGCGUGAAUGGGAAAAGGUCUGGCGCGAUCAGACACAGAAGAUGUUUUGGAAGUCGCUCGACCAUCAAGCCGUGCAAGCGAAGAACAAUGACCGCCGCGCAUUCCAAUCGAAAACACUGCAAAGCGAGAUCACCGUCAAGUACGAGGAGAUGAAACGUGCAGGCCUCUCCAAUCCAGCACUUCUGCGGCAGCCACAGCUGGAGUAUACUAUCGACGAUCUGGAUGUACUUGUCGACACAACUCAUCUUCUACUCGUCCACGUUCGUGUCCAGAUGGAUACAGACCAUCCGAGACUGGCCAGCUUCAUCGAAGAUUUUGUGCCGCUGUUUUUCGGCUUCGAGCCUGAAGUGUUCAGAGCGCGUCUCAAUACGAGAAAGACCUAUGGUUCCGACGACGAGAUGCCCGCUGGCGGCGAUGACGCUGUGUCUGUCGGUUCGCGCAAGGGUCCUGGUAAGAAUGGUGGCCUCCUGCGCGCCGCUCUCGACCCUAAUAGCCGAGGACGCAAGCUCACGAGGAAAGACCGUGAGGAUAGUCAGGCAUCGAACAGCCGUGCUUCUACUCCCGAAGGCGGUUCCAAUGCGGAUGCUGAGGACAUGGCCAUCGAUUCAACGGAACUGCCAGACAUCAAGGAGGCAAGUACAACUCGUUGGAUCGAUCAUCCGAACACUGGCAACAUGGCUGCCGAUGGCACAAACGUCGAUCCACUACAACCACAGCCCCGCGACUUGUACCGGUGCUGGGCCAAUAGCACACUGUAUUGCUUCAUCAGACUCUUCAUCAUGCUGUACGAGCGCUUGUACAAGCUCAAGUGUGCAGAAGCCUCUGUGCGGAAGACCGUUAAGGACGCGUCGACCGCCAAGCCUGCAGUUGAUCUUGGCCUCAUUGACAAGAUGCCCACGGAUUUCUUCCCGGAUGUGACUGACAAUGCUUCUUAUUACACCCAAAUGCUGGCCAAGUUCGAAGAUGUGCUGAAUGGCAAUAUCGAAUUUGGUGAAGUCGAGGAAGCACUUCGACGCUUCUACUUGCAGACAGGGUACUCGCUGUAUCCGUUUGAGAAGCUUGUCGCCACAUUGGCGAAGGAUGCUGCGCAAGUCAUGAACGGUGACAGCAAAGACAAGUCUGCCGAGAUCUUUGCUCUGUUUAAGAAGGACAGACUCAAGGACCACAGCACACCGCAGCAGCAGACUGACUACCGCAAGGCUUUUGAGAAGCUCAUCAAGGAUAAUGAGUUGUAUAGGAUUGACUACGAUCAGUUGACCUCUAAAGUCAAGAUUUUCGUCUCAAAGCGCGAAGAUCCAGUUGCUGAUGAUGGUCUUUCGGCCCUCGAUCGUGAACAGAGAUGGAGAUACUACAUUGCCUCUUACACUUCCACAGAUCCGACGGCCGAAGUCGACCAAGCUGCUGUUGAUAUGCCCUUCCUGGUGAGUAACAUUAAGCAGGUCGGCGCAGAUCCUCAUGCAGACCCGACAGCCACAAGCGAGGGCUCUCCGGACCGUCGUCGCGCACGUUUCCUUGACGUCAAGAAUGAAGAAAAGCUUGAGCUGCGUAUUGCCAUCAACAACUACAAGACUUUCUUCCAGGCCAACUCUUACGAAAGCUUCCACGCCAAGUUUGAGGAACGUCAAGGCUCUAUGAGAGACGUUUUGAUUGCGGAACACGCUCGGGACACUUAUCGCGAAGACGUUGUCAAGGAUCGUUACGAAAUGAACAACAGCGGCAUGAGGGAUUUGAGUAAGGAGGAUGUGGAGAAGAAGAAUGCCACUUUCAAUACGUUGAUUGAGAAGGGCGAAGUGGAAGCGGAAAAGACGAAUGGUGGGCAGCAAAAUGGAGAUGUGGAGAUGCAGGAUUAGAAUAUUUGCAGACAGCAGUGUUUGACGUGGGGAAACAGACGGAGGGUGGAUGAGAAAAUGGCGAGGUUGGAGUACAAGGACUAAUGUCUUUGCAUGAGGCAGGGGUUGAUGUUAUGGUUAUUGAAGCAUGCAUGUGGUCAGUUGGAUGCUUUCACGGCGUAUGCCCGAAAGGGAUUUUUGAAAGAGUACGAUCGUGAUGGGCUUGUCAAGGAAUGCUCGGGAAUUGUUUUGCGAAUACAUAGUUCGAAUACAUGUAGUGGUUUACUGUUCAUUGUCUAAGAGCAAUAUGAGAGGAC